AGACAAGCGAUGGCUGAGCACUGAAUAUUACUGUUAAUAUAUUUAAAUGUGUUCGCGACACAGCGCCGCAAUAAGUAAACGUGAGACGAAAACUUCAGGGUCACGUUGGUGUAACAACAAAUCAUACAUGUUCAGUGGGACAUUUCAAUACAUUGCCUUUCCACUUGCGACAUUGUCUAGCCUGCAACGCAGUAACGUGUCUAAUCUAUUUCACAUUAGUUCACGAUGUUAUCAUAGAAACAGUUCUAAUUACCUAUGUUCCACAACUCAUUACGAUUUACCUAUGACGUAUGUUCUCUAUACGGUAUACCGUAUACCCAAGCUACUAAAGAAACGGAAUAAAGCAUCAAUUAACAUGUUCCACUUUUUAAAUCCCACAUCUGGUAAAAAUCUCAUCUUGUAAGUCGCGAACUAGGCGUGUAUUUGCAUUUUGAUUUGCGAAUUGCCUUCACGUUUUUCUCUUUUGGUGUUAAAUUAACAUAAAGUUCGCAAUAGGCCUGCUUUUAUUAGUAAAGAGGAAAGGUCAGCUCUCAAUACACACAUUACCCCACUUUGUCCACCCGUUUUUGGCUCAAUGUGUUGGAUUUGUGAGGUAUUUGUCUCAGGUUUUACCCUACUGCCUCUUUCAUCUACCAACUGUCACUCAACUCACGUCAUUUGAGCUGACGACGCAUGUCCUGCGCGUGAAAAUUAUACACGAGAGAUAUGUUUCUGACAUCACCACUCAUUAAGAGCAAUGCUUUUUACCAUUUACCUAUCGCACUUAAUGCCAAUUAGUGAUAGGUAUUAUCUCCUAGAAAUGUCAUUGAACUAGUUGCACCCACUUCUUGGUUACCUAAAAUGUUCGCCCACUAUGUCGGUUGACAUUAUCAAAACAAGUUGCAAAAAGCACGGAUUAAGUAUAUUAUGGCACUUGUUUAUGAAGAUAAUUCAAACAUAAACAUUUUAAGUAGGUAUUGUAGGGCGCUGUGGCAUUUUUAAAUUGCAGUGAGCUGUAUCCAUAAAGCCGCAAAUUAUCGCUACAACGUAGGUACCUUAGUUAGUCAUUGCGUAAACACAGGAUAAACGUCUUUGUUUUGUAGAGAAAAGCUUAUCACUUUGUUAAGAACGACAGAUAAAGUGAUAACAGCACAAAAGAGUCAAAAUUGUAAUCCGUGCUUCCAUUUAUUGAGUAUACCCCCAUAUUUAAUUCGAACCAAGCCCACACAUGUGUUUAUCAAUUGCUCAUUGUACUUGUUUAAGUACGCAUCCUCCCACUAUUUAUUUGCAUUGAAUCGGUAUCAUAAACACUGCCCUACCGGUAGCGAUUUCUGCACGAUCAAACAUAAUAUGUACUCACAUAACCAUAAACUUGAUAUUAGCUUAGGAUAUUGUGUUCCGCAUUGACUCAGAAGUCCUUUGCAGUGUCUACCAUGAACCCCUUUUUAGAUUUUAAUAAUAUCCAUAUUUUUAUUAAAGAUAUUUUGUGCGGAUUCGGAACUGUUAAUAGAUGGUGCUGUUUCUAUUCCAUGUAAAGCACAGUAAACGUUAACAAUAUCUUAAGAGGUAGAAAAUUCCGACUAGACCAUCAAAUAUUCCUUAAGAAAUAGUUACGCAGUGAUCGAUUCCAAUUCGCCGUAAAAUCUUAGUAUAUGGAACUAUGCAUUGAAUUCCACAAGUCAUCCGCACACGUGUCCGGGACAUUUUGGAGGCACUCAAAAUACUAUUAUGAUAAGUAAUACGCAAAGAUUAGUAUUUAAAUAUUUAGGAAGCUCUAUUAAAGUAUUAGUACCACAACAUGAGUUGUGUUUUUCUUGAAAAUGUUUAUUACUACCUAUGGUAUAAAAUCUUAUACUUGGAAUUUAACUAAUUCUCAGUGAUAAACCAAGUAUCAAUUCUAAGUAUAUAGACUUAAAAUUCUUGAAAGUAUGUCUUUGUGCGACACAAUGUUCAACUUAGCCGAGAACUCGCACAAUGGUAUAUUACUGCGUUUUAAUUGAAUUAGAUGUUGCGCGUAGAACUAAUCGAUUUUGAUUGGCGAUUAUUUCAACGUCUCGCACCAAUCGAAAUGUUACGGGAGAGUUCAUCACACUUGGUAACCACACUACAGGCUACGAAUCUACGAUCGUAGUAUAACGCGUAAUAGAGCCCUUGUUCAAACUACUGGCCUUUCACGAGACUACGCCUUUCUAUUAUAUUUUACUAGCUUUGGUUUGCGGUUCUGCUCACGUGAAAGUGUUUUCGAAAAUUGUUUCAUUACGCUGCUUCUAAGAUACAAAGUCUAUGUAAUAUUGAUCGCGGAGUUACUCAAUAUGUGUGCGAAAUUUCAUCAAAAUUCAGUGGUUUAUGCAUGUACUUCUAAUAAAGUACCGAACAUCCAAACAUCUUUAGAAACCUUCGCGCUUAUAUUUCAUAUCAGUAGAAUAACGAAUGCGACAGUCUAUAAUUGUCAUUUGAAAUGUUAUCGUGAAACACCCUAAUAUAUUUUUUCCGGCGACAGGUGCUUUAUCUACCUAUUAAACAAGGUUCUUCGCUCACGCAUUAAUGUGGGGGUAAAAAAUAAUUUGUUUUAUAAUAAUAUUUUUAUAGUAAAUUAUUUUCUUUAUCGCUUCCUAAUAGAGUAAAGAAUUCAACUAACAGCAAAAAAGUUUUUCUAAGCAGUUUUUUGUCUCUGACUAAUCAAGCAGCCAUCAAUAUUCUAUAUUAAUAAAUUUAUCAAGUCAUUCCAAGUUUUGCUUCAUUUAAUUAUAAUAUAAUCAAUUGUGAAUCAUCUAGCCAUUACACACAUUGCCUUGAAAGCUAGCAGACUACAAAACAAUAGGUAAAUUGAUGCAAUAGUUAAUGCUACAGAAUUAAGUUUAGAUAAUAUCGAAUACUGUUGUUUGUAACACACACCUUGGUAACACCCUGUUAGUGUAUUGGCCAUCUGUUUUUGGAGCGCCGGUUCCUAUAAUUACGCAUUCGAAAUGGCUACAUGUAAUGCCAAUAUAUCUUUGGAUAUAUUUUGGUGCAAUUUAACAGGAAAACGAAGGUGUUUAUUCACAUACCAUUUAGUCUAAUUCGAAUUGCAUCACAAAUAUUAUUUGAAAUAUAUCAUAUUUAUUAAAGUAUAAAAGUUCAGUUAAUAACAUUAUCUUUAUUCAAUAAGAAUUUCUUGAAAAGUUCCACAUGUUUGAGCAACGGUAUCGCGGUUCGCAAAUAGUAUUAAAAAUAAGUGGUUGGAAAUAUUUUAAGUUACGCGUGUUUUGUCACGAAAGUCACAUUUUAUGCAAAGGUCUGACAAAUUAUUUGUAUGUAUUAUUAAUUAAUUGGAUGAUUAGAUAAAUUCAAAAUAGUUACUGAUUACUGUUCAAAUGACACAUAUAAAAACAUAGCUUUGUCGUUGAUUCAAAUAUUUUAUUGGAAACGUAAAUGUCCUAUGAGAAAAUUAAUAGUCUUAUUCAAUUUUAACAGCUAUUAACCUAACAUUAAAAAUCUAAAUAAUACGAUUAAAUCACUUGUAAUGCGAGAGUUGCCAGAAAUGAUUCCAAGUCAACCUUUCUCACAAUCCGUUAUAUCCAAUAGGUAGUGUAACCGGAUCGCGAACUCGCAUGGGAAAUGCGCGCUGUUGUUUAUUGAUACACGUAACACUUCCUUUACAAAUGGUUCCAACUCACGAAUGAAAACUUAUAACCUCGGUAUGUUUGAUAAAACGCAUUCGGUAACCUUCACUUUUCAUAUGAAAGUAAUCGACGAAAGUACAGUGAACAUUUUGCGCACGACUCUUAAACCGGGUCAUAUUUCCUUAUAAUAAACAUGACAAAACGCGAUCACAGUAUGUAGGUGUAGCUUUUGUUCAGUUUUCCUUAAGAGGUGAUCUUAACGGACCGAUUCGGAGAAGUGAACGCUGGAUCGCAACGUUUACAACCUUCCAAGGCGAUUAUGCUAAACAAUAACGUAAUAAGGAAUGAAUCAACAUCCUUCGAAAACCCAUGUGAACAGUUUCAUCACGAUUUUUUUUAUCGUAUCCGUUAUACGUAAUCUAAAAACAGUUUCUAAAACUGGCAAAUGUUUAUGCUCAAGCGUUAUAAUAUUAAACAUAUUUUGUAAAAAAUAAAGAAAAUAUGUCUUUAAAUUGUUGAGUAUAGUUCAAUUAAAUUGUUAAUGUGUGAUCUAUUUUAUUUAAAGUACUCGUUCAAAUUAUGUUAUUGAUAUAUAUUAUUAUAUUGCUGUAACUACAUUUUAAAUUGGUAGCUUAAUACACGAAGAAAGUCAAUUUAAAAUUAUAGUCAAUUAUUUAAAAUUUUCGAAGUAGUUCUGAACGUAAGAUUACUGCGUUUGAACCGGACCGGCUUUGAGGAAACUGACCAAGUAUUUUACAACUCCGACAUACUUACAAUCUGACUCACGUGACGUGAAAGUUCAUUCAUAUGAUGAAUAUACCCAUAAGGUUAAAGCUUAACCGACCAUAAAAUAAUUUCUUUGGCCACUUCAAUUCAAGACCCAAGGGUCCGUCUCUACAUUCUCAAGUCGACUUUUUUUUCACAUACUCGUGUUAUGAUUCAUUCAAAUAGUUGAGGAAUGAGAGCGUGUGUGAACAAUGUUUCUCGUAUCUCUAAAAUAUUCGGCUAUGUCGAUAAAGAUAUAUCUUUUAUGUUCCAAUUCGUUACAUCUAAUUUCACUAACUAGCCGCCACAAAUCAUAAUAGCGUGUUAUUUUUCAUUUUAGGAAGAACAUUGUCAAAUUCCUAGAUGUAACUAUUUAACACGCUGUGUGCACGUGUUGCCUAAUAUGGCAGUAAUUUAAACAGUUUAUAGCUUUACGAGGCUUUGAGUUAUCUCCAUAGAAAUUUAAACAAAAGCUCGUCAUUGUAAAAUUUGUAUACGGAGCUUCAGUAUUACUUGCGGCAGAAAGAGACAGAGCGUAACCCACGUGAGUUAAGUUAACAAUAGAUUAUAAAAAAUUGUAGGUACCUGGAAGGUAGAGGCGCUCGGGUGUCCCGCCUUCGCGUGUCUACCUCUAGUCUCAAGUCAGUCUGUUCGAAAGCCUCCGAGUCGUGCGCUCGUGUAUUGCCAUAUUUAAUAUUAUACAACUAGUUGUUUAUAACGUUGAAAGUGAUUCGAGUAUACAUUAUGUGCGUCAAUUAGUGGUUUAAUGCACUCCGGCAGUUGGAUUUUAUAAAACUUUUGUGACCACCUGCUGCGGUGCACCUUCUACGCAACUGGCGUUCGCGCCCAAACCCGGUGCAUUAAUAUUCAAAGUACUCGUUGUGAUAAAAAAAUACAUAUUAUAUGCGAAUAAAAUAGUUAAGAGCUAGUGCGGAUGGGCAUAUCUUAACGUGCACGUAUCGUGUGGAAUUCAAAUGUGAAGUUUCUCAAUACUACGUGUUUGGUUUACUUAUUGCCGUUUAGAGUUGUUUGCGGACACGAACCGAUAUGUAUAUUCAGUGCAGAGCCAUUGUAUUCGGUCACGACCGGAAUGGAGAUUGAAUAAGCUUUGAACUGAAUUUAGUUAAUCGCGUGAUCGGCUCGAGCGAUGCGGACCAGUCGGUGAGAUGAUAAAGUUUCGGUACAAGCGUAAGGAGUCGAGCGAUGGCGGGAAGAGCGGCACGGCGAUACAGAAGCAGAAGAUCGAGGGGCUGCGCGACCGGGAGCUGCUGCCGCCCAAGGACAUGCUCACCGGCUCGCUGGCCGGCGUGCGGCACAACACGCUGCCGCGCUCGCGCCCGCCCUCCGCCUGUCGAUACGACGCCCCGGACUCACAACUUAUUAGCCCCGUUACAUUGUCAUUGUUUAGAGAAUUAUUUACGCAACUGCAAUGGUCAGCCGAGCGCGCGCCUGCCGCGGACGGACUCCGACGUGCGCUGGGCGGGAACGGCGCUCGGUUCCAGCUCGGUUGUAUGGCGGACGCGAGCGAGUGCUUCGAGCACAUCCUGUUGCGAGUGCAUGCGCACGUCGCCGCCGGCUCCGGAGACAGGAGAGACGACGACGCCUGCAGAGCCCCGCACUGUGUACCACACCGCAAGUUCGCAAUGAUGCUGGUCGAACAGUCCGUCUGCGGUGACUGCCAAGCCACCUCUGAACCUUUGCCGUUCACACAGAUGGUGCAUUACGUUUCUGCUACGGCGUUAACGGCACAGGCUGCGAUUGGAGAACAUGGCGAUAGUUUUGGCCUAUUGUUAAGAAAAGCAGGCGGAAUGGGAGACAUCAGAGACUGUCCUAAUGCUUGCGGCGCCAAAAUCCAGAUUUGCCGGACACUGAUGAAUCGCCCUGAAGUCGUGUCUAUCGGGAUGGUGUGGGACUCGGAGCGUCCGUCAGCUGAACACGUGUCUGCGGUGUACGCCGCCAUCGGCACCGAACUGCACCCUACCGACGCCUUCCACGCGUGCGUCGACCAAGCGUGGGCGGCGCGAGCUACCCACCACCUCGUCGGACUUGUCACAUACUACGGGAAACAUUACUCCACAUUCUUCUUCCAUAGUAAACUACGAUUGUGGAUCUACUUUGACGACGCCAAUGUGAAAGAAAUUGGACCAGAAUGGUCGCUUGUUGUAGAAAAAUGUCGAAAAGGAAGAUUUCAACCGCUGCUGCUAUUAUAUGCUGCAGUGGACGGUACGCCAUGUGACACACGACAUGCACCUAAAGAUGUAGUUCCGUUCCCUGGACCAGAACCACGACGAGCUGUCACUCCGGCGCCCGAAAGGCCUGUUGCUGGAUUUGCUCGACGAGCAGUAACACCUGGGCCUGAUAACGAAAACGAUUAUGUUAGUAGAAAAGCUGUAGAAAACAUGCUCGAAGUCCAAGCCAAUCGACGCGCGCAACUAGCGCGGAGUCUCAGUACAGGAUCGGCGUCUGAUUCACAGGAGCGACCCAGAACGCGUCGAGACUCUGGAAACUGGAGCGGAGACCGGAAUAGUGCCUCGUCAGCAUCUUCGUCGACUGCGGAAAGCCCUUACAUGUACACGAGAGGAAGAGGCGUCGGCAGCGUGCCAGGGAGCCCCACUCGCAAAGGAGACAUGUCUAGUGGCGGAUCUUGCGAUGCUGGAUACGACUCGUACUCAUUGUCAUCGACGGAUAGUUUACCGCUCCAGCAGGGUCUGCGACUGAACUUGCAACAUGUGCCAAUUCCGAAAAUAACAACGCGCGGUGGCGACUCCGACGGUUUAUGUGCAGAAGCCGACAUGAUGUUAGAAAAGUCUCGUCAUGCUGAAGAUGCUGCAGAUUUUGAAACCGCUAUUGUGUUAUGCGAUGCUGCUGCGUCAAAAGCGCGUUCAGCUAUGGAUGCUUCCGGUAAUUAUCAUCACACGGUGACUCGAGCUCGCAUGAUGCAUAACACUUGCGUAAUGCGCAUCCGCAGUCUGCAAAAACGAAUGGCUGGAAUGAAUAGGCUUACAGAAGUCGCACAAUCUGUUGCUGUCAGAAACACAAAAUGUGGCCUCGAAAAUUCUCCAGCCACUAUCGAAAUUUACGCCACUUUGCCGAAGAAAAAGGGCUCGUCUAAAAAAUCCCUCAAAUCAGUUGAAGACGAUAUUGAUAACAUGACACGCGAACGCCCGCCGAGGCAUAAGUCUCGGGAAGAUGAAAAAGUGAGGGAAAAACGAUCAAGGAGCGAAGAUCGAGGCAGAGCCCGAAAAGAAGUAUCAGCACCAAUUGAAAAGAAGGAAGAACCACCCGAUGACAAAAAAUCUAAUAAAAAACAACAUAAAAUAAGACGAAAAUUAAUGAUGGCAGGCUUGAUUAGACGUAAAAACAGGUCGAUGCCAGAUUUGACAGAAGGUGCUGAUGGCAAUUCAGAAACAGUGAAUGAGGAAAAACGCGUCUCCUCUGUAGACGACACAGAUGUUGGACGAAAAACAAAUGAAGACAAGUCAAAUCUGAGUGGUUAUCUUUCAGAGGGGCAUUUGGAAUACUCAGUCGCAAGCGGCACAAACCCAAAUCUUGAACGAAGCAAGUUAAUGAGAAAGAGUUUCCACGGAAGUGCUGGUAAAAUGUUGAUCGUCGCGAAAGUACCACCGCCACCACCAUUGCGGACCACUUCCCAACUUAGCGGGUCUAAGUACGGUUACGUGGAACACGGCAAGGAGGGGUAUCCUCCUGAAAUAGAGGAGGAUGGCGGUUUUUCUGAACAAUAUGGCGAUGAGCCGCAGUCGUUACCUUUUCUCCGUGCUUACGACGACAAUCAAGUCAAUCAUUACGACAGACUGGACACUUCACCUUCGCAGAACUUCCACACCGUCGUAACCAAAGCCAUGAUCCACCAAGAGCAGAGUCCUGUUAAAAGAGAUGUUAUCCCAACAAUAGCACCAUCGCACAGCAACGUUCAAAAUCUUUCUGCGGCAUUUGACAACGGUGUGGAUGAAGUAGACUGUCCUUUAAUUAUGAGGAGAUCUCCACAGCCGUUUGAAUUACCGCCUUAUCCCAGUCCGAUGAAUUCCGUAAAUCAUUCCCGACAACCCAGUGAGGAGUUCCCUCCACCUCCUCCACCGAUAGAUCUAACUUCAGUACAUGAAGAAUUAAAUAAAAUUCAAAGCAUUGACGAAGUCGACGCCGGCCAACAAGAAGCUACUCAGGGCACGUUACUAGCGCAACUAUUAGAGAAGCGAAAAGAAAUACUCAGAAAUGAAAGACGCAUGGAAAUAAUGAACUCAUGCGCAGAUGUUUUAAAGGAGUUACAAAAUAAAAGGAUGCAUUUGAACCAUAUAAGAUCCAUUACAGCGGAAGCACAACUUUCUGGUUUACCCGAUAAUCAAAAAUUAAUGGAAACUAACAACAACGUAAAAAAUAUAGCAUCUAGGUUUGAAAACAAUGCGCAUGCGGCUACUGAUAGCGAAAGGUCACACAUUAGUUUUGUGGGCAUGAGUGGCAACAGGGACGUCAUUAACUGUUCAGAACAAUCAAACACUGGCCUCUACAACAGACGAGCCUCGUCUUCUUCCAUAGACCCGAAGCAAAUAGAAGAGGAACACAACGAACAAAAAAUCGCUAAUGAUUUUGCCGAUCGCUCUAAACCCAAAAAGAAGUCGGUAUCAUUCUGCGAUCAGGUCAUCUUAGUAUCGACCGCUGAGGAUCAGGAAGAUGACAGUUACAUUCCAAAUCCUAUUCUGGAACGUGUAUUAAAGUCAGCCAUGAACAAGCCUGAACUCACGACGAUGCCACUCCAGUCGGAGAAACCCUCGCUCCAACGACAAGACUCGUUCGACAGUCAGUCGUCACGGUCGACGGUGUCGUCCUUGUCGCAAAACUCGUUUGUCGCAAAAGACAACGCGCAUGCGGAGUACGUCAGAUUACAAAAUCCAUACCCAACGUACCAGCCGACGCAGCCUCGCAUCCAACCUCAGUACAACAGUCAGAAGACUAACGGGAUUUAUGGCACCAAUUCGCCUGUGCAGACCAUCCCUAAUCAAAACGAAUUAACUAGCAAUGUACAUUAUUAUAGAUCACUUCAAAACUCUGUAUCUCCCGUAUCGCACAACCAGCCACCGUCAGUCUAUCCAAACCAGAACAACCCACCGAACUUUAGUUUAAAUCCUGCAAAUAGACUGCCCACGGCUGCCCCCAACAGCACUUAUUCAACGAAGCACCCGACGAACAUACAAAGACCAGUUCCUAACACGUACCCGCACCCACCGACGCACCACGUGAACCAAACACCAACCAGCACAUACUAUCACAGACUACCACAGAAUCCAGUCUCCCCGCCGGCACAGAACACUUACAGUGCAAACAGACAUUUCAAUAACAACCCACAGACCUCCUCGCCAUAUCAGAGCGUGCCUAGUAACUCGCCAGCGUAUCAGAACUAUCACAGCCCACCGACGAGCUAUAUGACUGCCGAGUAUUCUAGUCGCCACCCGCAAGUGAACGCGAGCCACUACCCGCCGUCGCCGUACCAGCGCGUGUCGCCGCCACACGGCGAGGCCGACGCCUACAAGCCGCCCUACAACUACUGCCUGCCCGACACGAGGCUCUACGCCAACUACACCCAAGCCGCUGACAAUGUCAACGAUCAGCUCGAUCAGUACCAGUAUUCCCAGAACGGGUACAACACGGCCCAGCACGUGCCGGCGUUGAAACAGUUGCAGAAGAAGUCCGUGUCGUUCGAGCCGGGUACGAAGGGCGGCACCGACUCUCCUGUACCUCCACAAAUGAAUUACUCCGGUGGAGAUAGUCAAGGAGGGUCCGACAAGUCGCUCUGUAAUUUGUGCCGCAAGAAGUAUGUGACGUCGCCCGCGAUGUAUUGCCCAGAUUGUGACUUCUACAUGUCGAGGUUUAAGCCGCGUUCAUAGCAUACGAUAAUUUAAUACUCAACUAUUAUAACUAUUGUUAGACAAUCAAAAUGUAAAUAUUGUUAAAUGUUAAGUCUGUAAUUUAUAAGCAACCAAUUUGUACUUUGAAAUUGACUGAUCUCAUUUGAGAACUAGAAUCGCUAUUUUUUAGAUAUACUAUGAACGUUUACAUUUAAAAGAUAAAUUUCCUUAAAUAAUUACUGUACUUAAGAAGUUUAAAGGGCCGAAGAGUUUAUAUUAGAAAUAAGAUACGUAUUAAAAAGUAAAAUUAUUAAAAUGAACUUCAUUGAUG